AAAUUUUUCGUUCAAUCCAAAGACAAAAGUGAUAACUUUAUAUUAAUUUUGUUCAGCGUCCGGAAACACAAUCCUUUCAUACAUCUUGCCCUUGAAGCAUUUUCUCGUCUGCAAAACGUUUAAAUACAUUUAUCUUUUCUCACGUUUCGUUCAGGGUCUGAAGAGAGCCACACAUCGUCUCGGUGAAAGCGUCGAUCUCAACAACGAGGGUGUUGAUAACUACCACGAUAAACCGUUCGUCACCGCAGAAGACAUGACGGUGCAAACUGCUGCUCAUACGAAGACCGCUCAACCCCCGACCCUCGAGACAGAUGAUGGCGAUGAUGAUGAUGACGACGACAUUAAUGUGUUUGAUAGUGGGACUGCUUUCUCAUCUUUACAUUGCGAAACACCAAUCCCUCCGUUGCCCCGUGCAAGGAUUCCUUCUAGGCUGGGAGCUGUUUCGGCACAACCUUGUGAGCCGAUUGGAGAACCUCUGACUUCCCAGGGCAUGAUGUUGAUAGGGAAACCAGCUAAUACUGCCAAACCCAUCCGGAUGGGGGUUUCUCUGGAUGGUCGUAGAAAGGCAGAGAAAGGCUGUCUCGACACACCAUCAACUUCCUUCCUAAUCGAAGGACGAAAGAUGUCUGGCCGUAUCACGUCCUUAGAGGAAGAUCUGAAACCCCUUCUCCUCUGCCAAUCGAUGGGCCUCAAAAUUGAAACAAAGCCUGCCGAUUUCGUACAUGGUACAACAGCCCAGAUAGUAUUCCAUUGUCCACGCUGCCUGAAACAUUGGAAGCUCUCUGGUAUGCCGACAUCACCAUCGGAGUGUAAGGAACCCCACCAACCUACUAGGGGACCAAAAUAUAACAUCAGCCUGCAGAGUCACCGGAUCAUGAAAGAGUUGGAGAAACUUCCAGAGUAUAGCAGGCAACAACUGAUCAAGGUGCUCUCCCGUACCAGUUUGCUUGGUGCCGACGAAGAACUCCUUGAGCUGGUCAAUUCUGUGAGUAGUGGUUUCCUACAGGAACCAUCGACAUCUCCUCAUUCCUCUAGACGAUCACGCUCUCCAGAGAAGAGAAGCGCGAUCAGGAUAUCUAAGGACAGAAACUCGCCAAGUCCUAUAGAGAAAGUCAAUCGGGCAAGUGGACUACCUAAUAAGCAGCAAAGGACCCGUAGCGCCAAUCGCAAGAGCGGAAGUCCAAAAACGAGGAAAGGGGCAACAAGUGCUGGAGUGAAAUCUGCUGUCCCUGAUGUCCGUGAUAAUACAACACAUCACCAAAGUAAACAGGAUCCCACCUUGACCUUAUCCUUGGAGGAGCAUAAUUUUAUGACGAAAGAGGUCAAACAUCAGAAGGAGAAAGACGUUGAUGGAACUAUUGACAAAGGAGAGAAAAUCACGUGCAGAGUGAGAGAACCAUCAGAAGAGCAUGCACAGGUUCACAACAGUUCACAGAGUAACUUAGGCAACACACAAAUGACGAUCGGUAAUGAACCUUCUGAUAACACUGGUCUAAUUGAAAGAAUUCCGAAUAAGCCAGAAGCACACCAAAGGAUUCCCAGCGGUGAAACAUCUGCCACAGGUCAAUCCAUUGUCGAGUUUGAAGACAUCGACGGCACUAGAUAUCAUGGAUUCAUGUCGGAUGCUGGCAACUUUAUUCCUAUUGCCCGGGUUAAUAAGACUGGCAACAGACUGCCCAUAUCCAUGAAACUAGACGGGGGCAUUUGCAUCGUUAGUAGGUAUGGCUCCCAGGCUUUGGAUAUUUCACCUGACGAUGCUGAGGAAACUCAAGGAAUAUCUAACAUUGAUAGAGGUAUCAUCGAGUUCAGAGAUAGGACCGGGGCAAUUGUUCGAGGUUACAAGAAUCUAAGCGGACAGUUUGUGCCUGUAGCGCGGAUCGAUGCUACUGGGGUAGAGCAUCCAGUUAUGUUGAAGACAGACGGCAAGUUCUAUGUAGAGAGCCUCAACAACGAUGGUAUACAUUGUGACGAGAUUGUGGAUUUUUCAGAUUUGCGACUUGAAGCGCUAGAUGAAACCAACAUAAGUCACCCGGCUGUUUUGUCCCAUAGUCAAACUAUUCACAAGACAUCUACAAAUACGAGCAUUACUGAAGUGGAAAGCCAUGAUGGUUUCAAAUACCAAGGCUUCAAGUCACCAAAAUUUGGAUUCAUACCAACCGCUCGGAUUGAUCCAGACGGCUCCAGGAGACCAGUGGUUAUGAAUGCUGAGGGAGAAUACACCGUUGUGAGUGGCGACGGAAGCAUGAAAUGUGUGCAGCUACAAGGUAAAUCAGAUCAUCGUCACAGAAAUGCAACGUGUACCGGAUGCAAAUUUCUGGGUCAAAGUCAGUCUCAAUCAAGGACGCUCUCCAAUGCGUCGUCAAGCACACUCGUUGAUUCCAGUGUUUUCCUAUCUGCCACUCAGCUUGAUAUCCCUACCUUUGACAACAUUACACAAGUAGAUCAUUGGGCGGAAACAGGUGGAAUUGCUCCUCCUCUGCCAAGGAGAUCAUCCCACAAAUGUCAUCACAUGACCUACAAACGGAAACUUGAUGGAUCAAUAUACCAUGGUUGCUGUCAAUCUGGUCACUUCGUACCUGUAUUCCGCCUCGAUGAACAAGGGUGUCGAUAUCCUGUACUUAAAGAUUCUAGUGGGAAGUAUUAUACUAUUGAUAAAGAUGGUCAGAGUCUAUAUGCAGAUGAAGACGAAAUAGGUCACACAAAUAAGAACAGAAAUAAUUUUGUUACACGUGAACUCAACGGGUACACUUUCGAGGGCCUGCAUACUAUUGAUGGAAGAUUUGUACCAAUGUUCUAUCUCGAUGACCUUGGAAAUAGGAAGGCAGUUACACAGAGCAGAAAUGGUCAGUACAUCUUUUCUGGGAGGAACGGCCACAUCAAUUUUGUAAGGUUUCCUGGGACAGAUAAUGAGGUUAACCUGAUAUCUGGCUCUAAUACUGUUGACAAGGCAGUAACCACAAUCCAUAUAGGUGACGAUGGCUUCAAGUAUGAAGGAUACAUAGAAAAUAAUGGAGAAUUCAUACCAACGGUUCGCAUAGACAAAUCUGGAUAUCGCCAAAUGGUAUUAAUAAAUGAAAAAUACCAAGGAUACGUAGUUGGUUACAAUGGUGAGAUAGAGCUUGUGCCUUUCAACAUUACACGGAAACCUACAAAAGUGAGAGCAAAGAGCAAUAAAUCUUCUCACACUCCUUCAGGAAAGUCGAUACAAGCAAAAUGUUUUCAAGUCUCUUCUGAUCACGAGGGUGAUGUUGUGAGCAGUGCCGUGACGCAGUCGUCUCAUUUGACAAUACCACUGCCAGGGAGCUUUUCGGUACAGGAUGGCGAAGUAAAUUCAUCUGAUAAUUUCGAAAACGAUGGGCGUGAUCUCCCCCCGGAUCUCCCUUUAAGUGAUGAAUUAAUUGAGCAAAAUGUUGUGGAAGUAGAGAAUACAGCAGAUCCCAGUGGAAACAGGGAGCGGGACCACGGAGCUAAAUCGCCAGUGAAGGAAACACGUAUCUCGUCAGGGAUAUCACUCACAAGCCAUCAUCAAGAUGGAACAGUGAUCUACAGAGAAAAGAGUGCUAAUGAACCUUCUAAGGAUGUGGAGAAUAUACCAAAGCUGCCUAGACAAACAAGUCACUCAGGCCAUUCUUCAAAACUUGAAGAAUUUGCUACAACUGCAGACAGUCAAGAAAAACAGUCGCGUAAGAGUGCCGGUUCGAGGAAUAACAGAGAUGUGAAAUAUCUUGGAAUAAAUAAUGAUUCAAAAUCCACAUCUUUCAAGAAAGCUGAUGGACAAGUUGCAGUUGACAUGAAAUACGAUAAUGAGCGAGACAUUAAAGGCAAGCCCAUCGUGAAGAAUACCGCUGUACGAAAUGUCGCAGGACGCCCUGACACAAAAGCUGGUCAGUUCAAGAAACAUGUAUUUGCAACGCCAAAUGAAAAUAUUACCAAUAAACUAGCAAACAGAAAAAAAUCAAGACAGUUGGACUCGCAAGAGACGGCAAGUACUAAUGUUAAAGACACAUCAGAAGUAUUUAAUGCAGAAACAAAGCUGCCUAGCUUGCCAAAGAAGCCAGGUCUUCCACCUAUCAGCCAGGGAGAAAGGGAAGCGAAUUCUAAGGCUCAAGACACAUCAUCAGCACAAGGAUCAAGCAGCUUGUCCAUCGGCUUGCCUGAACCGGGACCCUCAGACCGAGCAUAUGCACUUCCCCCGAUGGAAAGCACACCAAGAGAGAGGAAAUUAGAAAAGGCGAUCGAAGUGACAGGUGCUUCUGAGAAUGGACGAGCAAGUGCAUCAACAUCUGAAGAUUUCGGUCCGGAAGUUGAAUCGAAUCAGGCAAAUGAUGUCAACCAUCAAAGCCAACCUCCUGCAGACGCUCUUAGGAAAUACUCGGAAUUCAAACUGACCGUAGAUCCUCCAAUUUCCCCGCCACUAUUGCCGCAGCCUCCACUGCUCUCAGAUAAAGAACCAACCUACCGAUUCACACAUUCUACUUUACCUAGCCAUUUAGGGAGCACAUCAUCACCACCUCCAGAAUUAACACCAGUGGCGCAAACUUUCUCCGGUGAGCAAAGAAAGUCACCUGAACCCAUCCUUUUCACAAAGGAGUCAAGCAUUGUUCAAGUAUCCACGUUGCCAGUAAGCUGCGAUGACGUCACUAUUGCAGCUUCAAAGGUUUCCUCGCAUGUCUUGAUGGAAGGCUCGGUGCAACCCUCACGCAGCGUCUACCGUUCUGGGACAUCUUUGGCCAAUCAUUCGUCAAGUCGUAUGCGUGGCACCACAGAGAGCAUGCCUGAUUCAGUCAACAAAAUAUUGCAGCAGCACAAAAGACAGGUUGAAUUUCUUCGUCAGAAUUUCCACGUACGACUGACAAAUGCUUUUUCUUUUUCCAUGUUUGAGUUGCCCAAGCAGUACGAAGAGCACAAUUCCAAAAUGAUGCAAAAGGCAAAGCAGAUACAUAAAAUGAAGAAGCCAACUAGUUUGGGCAAACCACCCCAGAUCAUGCUGAGACCACCUCACCCUCUGAAGAAGAUUCCACCACCCCUACAAACUAUACCAUAUCGUAUCAAGGCUAAAAUAUCAAAGGCAUGAAUAAAAUGGGCUGAUGAUGAAUAGUACGGGAUUUGGGGUUAUUUGGGCGCAGAGAAAGAGUAGGAAAAGUAAAGGGGAAACAUAUAUCUAACCUAGGAUUCCGGCACACGAACGAGUUCACAUGGCAGAAUUGUGAAUCAUAAUUUUGUUUUUAAUCAGUAUGGCCAUGAUUUUUUUCCUGAAUAUGAGCAGCUCUUAAUUUGAUCCAUUUGGAUUUUAUUCUUUAUUUGGUGUUCAAUUUUAAAGAGCGUUGCCUGAAAUCCCAACGUGAUCACAAUUCUCUUUUUUUAUUGAAAAUCUUGACUUCAUUAACUGUACUGAUAUAGUGACGAUCUCCUAACGAGUAGCACUUCCAUUUUGAAAAAGAUUUUGUGAUUCUUGGUUCAUUUGUGCCAUCCGAGCUAACCUUUUUGUGGUCAUUGGAAUAAGAUGAAUAUAUGCAUUAAUUAUCUCAUUUUGGUGGGUAAUAUUAAUUCACCAUUCCUGACGUAUCGGGAUCUCAAGGAAUAGUGUGUUUGUUUAAUCCCUUUGAUAUCUUACUUUUUAGUUGUCGAGAUGAUGUGUAAAAGCAUAUAUAAUCAUGAAUGAGCAUAAAGAGGUAAAUUGCUUUGUUUGUUUGGUCACUACUGCAUUAAAGUAGAACCUCCAUCAUGAAAAUUAAAGAAAAAUUAUAAAAUCAUCAAA